CAACCUGUUUCACAUUGUUUGCCACCGCAAUUCUUGGAAUUCCUUUCAGAAACGAAAGGCAAUUCAAAUCACAAACAGACCCGAGAGUAGGAGUCCGGAAAGUGAGAGCAAAUGUGGUGUGGAACUGGCAUAUUUUGCAGCAACAAUAACCCUAGUUAGGGUAUGAUUCAUUCUAGGACUGUUAGAUGAUCCAUCACGAAAUUCGAAGGUCUCGCUUCUUUUCAUGCCCGACAGAGACGUGGAUCUGCCGCUCGAGCAUAGAUUUGAUUCGAUCAAAUCUUGGCCAGGUUCUGAAUUACCCCAUACUUGGAGUCGAUUGUCAUUGAGCAUGGCUGACUGGUUGAACGAGCCAAUAUGAUUCGCACACACGAUCUCCAGUCCAUCCAGAAUGCGCUGCACGAGUCCAAUCAAUAGCAACGAGAAUAAUUCCACCGGACGCUCGUUUCGCCGAUCAGACUAACUUCUUCCCACCCACUCCGUACAGUAAGAACUCAUGCCUGUCACUUUUCUGACAUGUGCAGUCAGACCCCAUUAUUUCUUGAAGAAAGUGGCCUUUGCUCCCCCCCCCUCCGGAGGGCCAAUGAUCGACCCCCCUCGUUAACUAGCUGCUGGUUUCGCCUCAGUCUGACUCUGCGAUGAAACUGACCUGAGAUCCGCUGCCACACGUGAUUUCCAUCGUUGGACGUUCGGAGAGAUUCACGAUGGUGGAUUGAGUCUCCAGACUUGUCUGGCUAUCUUCGCUUCCUCUCCACCACCGCCCCCCGGCACUAAAUUAGUUGGUCCUCGUUUGGGCCACUUUUCUCUGCGAUCUGCUCUAUUGAUCUACUUUUCUCGUCGAAUGGAAAUUUCUCCGAAUGGGGACGAAAGGUCUCGAAUGCCAGGUGGCAAGGGGCACUGAAGUUGCGGUCAAAGAAAAUAGCCCACCGCCAGAGUCAUCGCUUCCCCCCUCUCCCCUCUCCCUCCCCUCCUCUAGAACGAUCUCCCCACAUUCUCCGACGACAUGAACAGAAUUACCGCCGAGGGUUUUUUUCUGGACAACGCUCUCGGCAAUUAUAGUGGGCGCGAAGUGCGCCUAAGGCUAGUAAUCGACUUUUUUUUUGCCCACUGUAUCUCGUGCUAAGAAUCCCUGUCUGGCAAGUUGGUUGAAAGAUGUCUACUUAUCAUCUCGACGUCUGAACAGUUUUGUUGCCCAACCCCGCAAAGCCAAAUCGCUUGGCCCCUUUUGCUUUUGUUGUGAGGGAAGCGCAUUCAUCUGAUGAUGAGUCGUGACUCGUACGGUGGUCUCGGAAUGGUCAAGCCGAAGGGUCUCAUUCCGGAAGCGCUGUUCCACCAUCACCAACCUUUGGCUGUAACGACGAGAGGGGGCGUUUGCGGGAAUCUACAGCUCCUAUCCGAGACGGAACGCACAUCUUUUUGUCCAGGCUUUUGUGGGGUACCCACUGGCUACCUAACGGUUGAUCGGAGCUUCCGGCUACUGCAGCCAUCUGCUAUCACGCCAGCAGUCAGUCAAGCUAAAGCGGAGAUAGCCGUGUUUGGUGACGCUCGCACCAUGAUAAUCUGGCUAAACGGCUAGCCUGCCUAGUGUCGUGGCCAUAGGGUCCUGUGUACCCUGCCCGCUUGUCUUGUACAGUAUUUCACAGCUACCCAUCCCGACCAUUCCCAAGGAGUCACGUAUCGCUUUGAGCUCUCCCUCCAGAGCAAUCACUGCAAGUGAGUUGGCCAGUGGGACAGAUAUAGUUCUGCCAUUGGCCUGUUCUGGGUGUGAGAUGGCACUGGCAUCGUCUUUUCUGACUGGACGCCAGAUCUUUGAGCGUCCUGCACCUAGGGGAAGUUGGGAGCCCAUGCUUGAGCCUUGUUGCCUUAAAAUACGUCCAGAAGAAAGCUUCUUGGGCAUCAUCCGCUGGGCUAGAACCGAGAGGCUCUACUAGGUCCGGAACUUCGUUCCCAUGCUGCAACUGGCUCCAUGGGGAAAUGGACGGGGGUAUCACUUACAUUAGGUCCUACAGUACGGUUGAUGCGUUGGAUCUCCCAUUUUGGACCGGGGACUUAUGCUGUGGCCCCCCCCGAUUCUGUCAUGAGAUGUCACUUCGAAAGGCAUGCAACUGUAUUCUGCCGCUGAAGCAGGAGAACUUUCCCGGUUGAUGGAUCAUAGUUCAUGACGCAAUUGUGCAGUGGAGUGUCGUUGAUAGAGUUUGUCUUUUCUUUCUCGGACUUUUUCUUUUCUUUUUGAUUGCCAUGAGUCAAAAUCUGUGACAGGUCACUUUGAAUGCUAUCGAUGAUUAUCUCGCUUUAGAUCAAAUGAUCUAUCAACGUAGGUAUUUGUAUUCAUCUGUUACUUGAUACGGAGUAGAUUCGAGUACGUCAAGUCAAGGGAUUCUUCCUAUACAUUCAGUU